AUGCUCCCCACAAAAUGCGGUGCAGGGCGAAGAGGGGAGGAGACCAAAGACGAAAAUACUGGCUACUCGAGAAGAGAAGAGUCGGUGGGAAAAUGUCGACUAAAAAAUAAAAAAAAAAAGCUGUGCUGGAUGAAAACACUGCCGACUCAAUUUGCCCAUUGGCUGGAUACGUUGGUUACUUUGACCGAGAUCUUCUUUGUUGGCUUGUCUUUCGCACUAUCAAAUUACCUCAACCGUAUAAGUAAUCAAUUGGUUACAUAUUGCUCUUUCUCAAUUGACCAUAUAUUGGCUUCCGUAACCGUUCAAUUCAGUACACCUAUUCAAUUCAGCACACCAGCCCAAUUUCUCGACCACAGUCUUUCGGAAGCUUUGUGUGUUCAUCCGAUUUCUCCCCUCAGUCUCAUCUGGGGCGGUGCGGAGCACUGGCGAGAUUUUUUAGUAGGUACUGCAGUGCCGUUUUCUUGGUCCCCCACAAUCCUUAGCCAGGUGAUUGGUCACGUUUCGACUUUAGACAGGUUCUAG